AUGUCUAGGGAAGCCCAUGGGCAACUAGUUGUGCAGGGCGGCCGCGUUGGGCAACGUAUAUCACCAUACCGUAUCGGCAAUGCAACCUUGCGUGCGGAGCCGGAUACGGCGCUCUUCUUUGGGACAUCGCUCGUUAGUGGCGGCCGCCCGUUCGGCCCCGACGACACGGAUCGGUCGGGACCCGAGUGA